AUGGAGCAUGGAGAGGAUUUUUCCACUCCAUCAGAGGCAUCUUCCGAUGCCUCUUCCGCUGCCUCUGAUCAGGAUUUUAUCCCUGACUUUGGGUCCAAUGAGCCGGAAGAUGAGUUGGAGGAGCACAAAAGUCCGGAUGAUGACGACGAUAAGGAGGAGGGCGAGCAGAAGAAUUGGAGAUCAAAAAAUGGCAAAAUAAUGUGGUCAGCUACUCACGAUGUUGCCGGACAUUACAUCCCCCCGGCCAUUCCAUUGCCGGGUCCAACAUGCUACGCCACAGCCAGGAUCAGUAGCCCCGAGUCGGCUUUCAAUUUGUUUUUUACUGAGGACAUAAUCAAUCAUAUCGUUAAGAUGACAAAUUUACAAGGAAACCGUACGAUGACUGGGUGGAUGGCGAUGACCACGCAAGAGAUGAGGACCUAUUUAGGGCUUUUGAUCCUGUCUGGAGUAUAUAAAUCAAGACAUGAGACAACAAGCAGCAUGUGGAACAAGAAAACAGGUCGCACAUUUUUUGCAGAGGCAAUGGGGCAUACCAGAUUUGUGCGUAUAAAUAGGCUGUUGCGAUUUGAAGACAAGCUACGGAGGCCACAGCGACAUCAUGAAACGAAGAUGUCGCCUAUUCUGGAACUGUGGAGGAUGUGGAACAGUCUUCUGCCCCGCUUGUUCAAUCUUGGCAGGGAGGUCUGCAUUGAUGAGCAGCUCAUUUCAUUCAGGGGCCGCUGCUCCUUCCGGCAGUACAUCCCCUCAAAGCCGGCCAAAUAUGGCCUUAAAAUCUGGGCAUUAUGCGAUGUCAACACCGCAUAUGCCUGGAAACUUGAUGUCUACACAGGCAAGCCACCUGGGGGACAGCGGGAGAAAAACCUGGCCAUGCAGGUAGUGUUAGGGCUGUGUGAUUCUCUUGAGGGUCACACCCUCACAACUGAUAAUUUUUUUACAUCAUUCACUCUGGCCGAUGAACUAAAAAAAAAAAAAAUGUCCUUGGUUGGAACACUAAGGAAAAACAAGGCCGAAAUUCCUCUGCAGCUCCUCCAGCUUCAAGACAGAGCACUCCUCUCGAGCCUCUUUGCUUUCACCAAAGACAAGUGUUUGGUCUCUUACUACCCCAAAAAAGGCAAGAACGUGCUUGUGCUUAGCACAAAGCACAGGAAACCGCAAGGUGAGAACAGCAGCAAGAAAAAACCUCAAAUUAUUCUUGACUACAACAGGUGCAAAGGAGCUGUAGACCGCCUAGACCAGGUGUGUGGCACCUACUCUGUCCGCCGGCGGGCACAGAGAUGGCCAAUGUGCCUGUUUUAUCACAUGGUGGACGUGUCGUGCUAUAAUGCUUUCGUGCUCUUCACUGAAAUCAACCCGGAUUGGAAUGCAGGAAAGCGGUACAAGCGGAGACUUUUCCUUGAAGAACUUGGUAUGGCACUUAUUGAGCCAGAAAUGUUGCGCAGAAGGCAACUAAAAACCCAAGGCUUCCAGGCUGCAGAGGCCACACCUAAACGAUGUGUCCGAAAUCCAAGCGAGAACGCAAACACAGCGCAGCAGCGCCAGUUUGAGAACUUGAAUCCUCACACUGGCGUCCUCAUCAUCUGGGCAACCUGCAGGUGCAGGUACAGGCACACAGAACGGACGGGCCGCACGGUCGGAGCGCAGGCGGAUGGAUGCCAGGCGGCGGACGACUGA